AGGUUGCCAUUCGACAGUGGGCUUUUAAUUGCUAACAAUCAUCCAUUACUUGACUUCUAGCACCUACCUUUUCACCCCUCUAUCCUAAGAAGCCAGGCCCGAGGCCCUUGGCAACAACUUGGCUUGCCUACCGCCACAUGCAAACCACUACUCCUUAGUCCUCGGUCCUCCACCCAAUGGGUAAUUGAGGCGCGUUAACAGCUGACGCAUGCGGCCAAGAGACACAGUGACACGAGUCUCCAGCCGUGGAUACUUCGCAGCUCAAAUCCUCAACCUCUACUCCUCGUACCUCCAUUUCGACAGAUAAACACGUUGGCUUACCGUGGCCUAGUUGUUUGGAAAAGUUGUGGACAGGCCCCGAAACUCGCGGUCUCACCACAAACCCGCCACUACUGGAGCGUCCCCAAGGGUUUUCUCGGAUGGCCUGGUUGUGGCACAGACAGGAUGCCCUCAGAAUCUGGCCGUCGUGGAGCAGGGCCUCCUAGUGAGAAGAAGGUUGAGAAGUCAUACCUCGCCAGCGCUGUCGACUCGCUCAACCCUUGGACGACUAGUCGAAGCAUUUCUCCCGCGCCGAAACAAAAGGAGAUGCCACCGCCUUCAAAACCCGUGCCCGCCCCAUCUAAGAAGGCCGAUGACCACAGCAUCAAUACUCUCUAUGGCCAGAGUUUCAAGAGAUAUCCUGCCGACUGUCCACCGCUAAAUGUACUAUGGUUUCAUGCCGUUGAUGUCCCGAAGCGGAAGCCUCAGUUUCUGAAGGGGAAAAGAGAGAAGGAAGAGCAACAGAAGCCGGUUGCCCCGAAGAAGUUCGUCGCAUUCACUACUAAUGACUCCCGAUGUAUCGAGCUCGCAUACCAACAGUUGCUGGAGGAACUUGAGGAUGCACGUGGAAGGGGCCCAACCCGCCAAAACCCGCGGUCAAGUUCCCAAGGAGGCCAUGCUGUGGUCAGCGAAGAUGCGCAAAGCAUUAGCCUCGACCAGGAGACGGUUCCCAGAUCUGAUGGUGUGCGAGUUCCCGUUAACGAGGACUUCUUGUUCGAUGUAGACAUCGAGCAACGCGAGCUUGCUCCUGUGUACUGGUUGGGUCCUGUCUACGAUGUGCGCCGAGGAAGCUGGUUUUAUCAAGAAGGAAGUGCGCUCCGGCCCUGUGAAGAAAAUCUAGCAGCUCAAAUCGAGGAGGGUUACCUAAAAUGCAGACCCUGGGCGUACCCUGCGCCUAGAAGUCGCUGUAAUUCCGGCAUGGCCCAAGAUAUUACCCCUAAAGCUUCAAGGGAUAACUUGAGGGCUGCAGCUGCAUCUCAAGCGGAGAGUUCGAGCAAGCCUCCUCCUUCGCCAGCUGGACCACAGCACCAGCCUCUGAACUAUCGACUCUUUGGGACAUACAUGAACAGCACUGUAACUUACUCAGACGCGACCACUGCCUGGCUUACCUCUGACAGUAUGCUCUCCUGGGUGACCUCAACAGUAUAUCAGAGAUUCGCUGGGGGUGGCUACAUGAGCGGCGUGAAGUUGGUUCGUGGUUACUCGGAGCCUGGCAAAACAAAGGAGGACAAGCGUCCCGCAACUCCCAACAUGGCCACGAUGCCAACGAAUCAGGAAGCUGAGGACGAUCCAAAGGCUCUUAAGUGGAGGUCCGCUCCGCCCCUCUCCCGUGCUGACUCGGCCGCCAGCCUUCAGGAGGAGGCCGCCUCUGAGAUGGAAAGACAAGAGAACAGACUAAAGCGGCAAUUUUCGUCUUACAUUGAGAAUUCGGAUGAUCCAGUCAAGCAGGAAGAACAGAUUCGGAAACGCGAGGAGCAAGAGAUCCAAGAUGACUACAGCGCCCCUGCCGGCGAGACCCAGGGGCGAGAGAUUGAGCAUCUGGUCUUAGUGACACAUGGAAUUGGCCAACUUCUCGGAUUAAGGAUGGAGAGUCUCAAUUUUGUACACGAUGUCAACGUCUUCCGCAAAACAAUCAAGGGCGUGUACACUCACUCGGCCGAUUUACGAGCGCUCAACGCGGAGACUGGGGACAGUUCCAAUAAUUGUCGAGUUCAGGUCCUGCCAGUCUGCUGGCGACAUCUCCUGGACUUCCCCAAGCGCCGGGAGAAGAAAGCAGAACAUGACCUAGGAACGACUUUCGACGACGAAGAUGAUUAUCCAUCGCUGGAAGAUAUCACCAUAGAAGGCAUGGCCUUCGCCCGGUCGCUAAUAUCCGACUUAGCCUUGGACGUCUUGCUGUACCAAUCGGCGUACCGAGAGCAAAUUGCUGAAAUUGUGCUGAAGGAGUCUAAUCGGAUCUAUAAGCUCUUUACGGAACGUAAUCCCGAGUUCAAGGGCAAGGUGCAUAUUGUCGGGCAUAGCUUGGGAUCCGCCAUCAUGUUUGACAUUCUCUGCAGGCAAAAAGAAAAGCUCAAGCAUGCUGAACAGCCCCGUAACCCGCUGCGCAUCUGGCCUGCCAACGACCGACCCGAAUCGUCAAAACAUCCGCGGGAGCUCGCGUUUGGCUUUGAUGUUGAAGACUUGUAUUGUCUCGGUUCGCCCAUUGGUCUCUUCCAGAUGCUUAAGGGGCGGACGAUCGGGGCUCGACACCUGCAUGGCGCCGCAACCGAAUCACCGCUUGACUCAGAAUACAUGGACGACCCAUUCUCCACCGCGACGUUGGAUCAGCGUGUCUCUCCCAUCACAGGGCUACCCUUUUCUAUCUCGUCGCCCAAAGUAGCACAGCUCUUCAACAUCUUCCACCCUUCGGACCCAAUCUCGUACCGAAUGGAACCGCUUAUCUCGCCUGCGAUGGCCUCUCUAAAGCCUCAGGCACUUCCGUACACAAAAAAGGGGAUAUUCAACUCUGUGACCCCGCAGGGCUUAUCUGGCAUCGGUGUCAAGGUUGGGCAAAGCGUCUCAGGUCUUUGGAGCAGUAUAAGCGGCGGCAUUGCCAGUUCUCUGCUCAACCGCAGUCUUGGCCUGAGCAACGAGGACGUAGCAAAUCUGACAGCAAAUUCGAACUCUGCAGCGGCAGCCAGCACACCGCAGCCACACUCGUCUUCGUCCACGCUAUCCCCAGGCGCCGGGACCAAUAUCACCGGGGGCGGUGUCAUCGACCUAACUUUGCAGUCCGAGAAGUCAGCUGCCCGCAAGAGGGUCCUCGCACGGCAGAACGCAGCUGGCUCCUCUUCCACACAAGAUCCAUACAACGAAAAUGCUACGCUAAUCGACGAAGAACUGGAGACCUUGUACACCCGCUUCCAGAAGAAGCGCGUGGAGGAAUACAAGGAAGCAGCUAGCCGUGCGGACGAGGGUCAAGAGCUCGGUGAUGCCUGGGCCGCAGAGGAGCAGAACGCCCAGAAGUACAGACGGGAAGAGCUUAAGGUGCGGGCUCUUAACCGGAACGGGAGGGUCGAUUACAGUAUCCAGGAGAGCGUGCUCGACUUCAAUCCUAUCAAUACCAUUGCCUCUCACAUGGCGUACUGGCAAGACGAGGACGUAAGCCACUUUGUCCUAUCGCAGCUCCUUGCCAAUAAGUCCAAGUCAACUACGGCACAUGGGCAGGGUAAGGAUGUGGCAUAGUAAAUAGGGGUAGAUAAAAUUGCUCGCAGAGCCUCUAUCUAGCUAUCUAGUCUCAUUCAUAGUGUUGUGUGGACAAUAUUCGCCGGAGACAGGUGGGGAAUCACAAUCAUCAGCCGUGCUGCUCCUAGCUCACCCCAGGUCUAGUAAACCAGCGUAUUAUUAGUGAAGCAUACAACUCUCCACCUCCAAUCCCGACUUGAGCUUUGUUUGCAUAGAUUGGCUAGAUUCUCUGGGGAGACUGCACAGGGUACGGGAACGCACAUUUGUUGAUAGAGUGUGGGCCGGAGCAAUUGCCAGACUUACAGUGGAUGUCGUCAGCU